CGAGGGAGUGAGUACGCCUCAAAAUUUUCGUGUUCCCCGUGGCUGACGUCACACUAAUCUCAUUCCCUCACAGUUUCCACCGAAAAAAGCGUUGAACCGCUGUCUUCCGCGUCCCCUCCCCGCCGCGGGGAUGCCUCUAGUCCCCUGAAUCCGCGAUUCCUCAAUCGUCAACGGCCAUCGGCUUCGCCAGCACCGACGAAAAAUCAAAUUAACAAGUAAACAUUUCGCCAUCGGAGAGGGAGAAAAAAAAGUUGAAGGAACGCUCGCGUCUCGGUCACAUUCCCCUCUCCCGUGCACAAAUAUCUCCGUCUCCCUUCAUCGUCGCCUGUGCUCUCGCGCGUGUGUUGUGUGUGUGUGGGUGCGUGUGUGCUGUGCUCAGUGUUUUUUUCCCGCAGUCUCCACUCAUAAGCAUACGCCAGUAUUUAUUAUUGCCGCUGUUGUUAUUAUUAUUCGUGAAAGAUUGCGCGCAGCGCCAUUCGGUGAUUGUUGUUGGACGUUUGUUUUGCUCGGCGAGGUGAGGGUUUUCGGGGCAUUGUUAUCGGCGCAUUGAUACCGGGAUUUAUUGUCGGUUUGGGGGAAUAACAACAACACAAGUGGACGAAAAAAAAAUGGACGCCCUGCGAGAGCAGGUGAUGAUCAAUCAAUUCGUGCUGGCCGCGGGUUGCGCUAGGGAACAGGCGAAACAAUUGUUGCAGGCCGCACAUUGGCAGUUUGAGACGGCCCUGAGUAUAUUUUUUCAAGAAGCAGCCAUACCGUCCUGUCCGCAAGGGCCUGGCACACACUUCGGCCAGAUAACACCUUGCAACACACCAGCAACACCUCCCAAUUUUCCGGAUGCUUUACUAGCUUUUUCGAAGAUGUCUGCUGGUGAAAAAACACCAUCGGGCAUGUCACCGAGUCAAAAUGGCCAACAGACCACACCAACGAGUAUUCAACACCACGGUGUGAGGUGUAGUGUCUCGGGUGGCACCCAGCAACAGACACAGAGUCAACAGCAAUUUGGAUUGGGCGAGCCACAGAGAUAAAACGGACUCAGCCGUAUUGGGUGUUUAGCAUUGUCAUAGAAUUCGCUGAUGAAACUAUGACACCUGUUGUGUCAACAAAAAAAAAAAAUCAUCAAGAUAAUAGCUAAUGGAACGAAUGAGCCACGGGGUUUAUUUAUCUCUUCUCCGAGUGAAUCUUGCGAACUUUUGGGGGACUCGAUGCCCUAGAGGAAGGGAUGACGUUCUGUGGAUUACGAAAUUUGGUUUCAGUUCAAUGUCCUUUGGUUUUUUUUCCUGCAGUUGUUCAGAGCUGACUCCCCUGAUUUAUUUUUUUUAUUUGAAAUUGCGAGGGGGUGAUCGACACUUAUGGGGGUCAUUCCAUUCUCUGGGUUGAAGUUGAACUAGACUGGGGAUCUGGGAUGAUGGGGGAGGAAAGGGUGUUGCGUGGAUUUUUGACGAGCUCGAACAAUAGACGAAAGAUUGAGAUCAAGCGUGUGGACAUGUUGAGAGUCUUUACGAAUUUAAAGAGAUAGUGACAAAAGAUGUUGUAAAUCAUCUUUCUGCUCUUGUUUUGUUCAAUCGUCAGUCAAAUGUACCAUAACUUGUUCGUGUUUCCUCGUUAAUUGAGUCUGAGGGUACCAAUGAGAGUGAUUGUGAUUUUUUCAUGCGUAAUAUAUGAUUUUUACCUUCAAUUUCAAUUACAGCUGAUCUGUCCCGACAUUCUGCACUAAUUGAUUGAAUUUAUUUCUUUUUGAAUGUGUCAAUUGCUGCAGGGAAUCGAUGUUUAUUGAUAGUGGCCUGCUUCCACUAGGAAAUAUUACUAUUUCAAGAUGAUUAUCAAUGAAAAUUUGUUGCCAUUACGAAGAAAAUAUCCGGAUCAGGCAAAACUAUCGUGCAGUUAUCUUUAAAAAAUUAAUUUGUUGUCAUCCGUUAUCAUUGACAAAGCUAAUCAAUUGAAUUGUGAAUGAAAUCAAGUAUAAAGAGGUUGAAUAUUACUCCUAGCAAGGCAGUGUACAAAUCAUGUAUCUGAUCUACAUUAUCUUUUCUUCUCAUCUCAAUCGAAAUAUUAUUAGUAUUUUUUCCACGUAAUAUCCAGUGUAAAUACAAUUAUCGUGUUAUAUCAUGGCAUACGUCGCAAUGUAUGCAACAAUUAUGAUUUACUAUUAUUUUAUUGUUUCGAAGGUAGUCGGGGAAUAGCCAACUGAUAAAUGCUCUCGGGUUGUCCCUUGGUUUUUGAUUGAAAUGAAAAAUUGAAGAAAUCGUUAGACUACUUAUACGACUAUAAUUAUGUUUACAAUUAUUAUUGUUUAUUUUACUAUUGAAAGAUAAUAUUCAUGUACAUAAUUAUAAGACAAGAGGAAAAAUGUUGUCUGAAAUAAAUAAUUAAUAAUGGUGCUUUCAUA